AUGUCUGAGGAUAAAGAAGCCCAGGAGAAUGAACUGCUUGCUUUAGCAAGUAUCUAUGAUGAAGAGGAGUUCCGCCGCGCAGAGUCUGCUCAGGGCGGAGAGAUACAGCUGUGUCUGGAGCUCCCUCCCAAUUUCAAGCUGCUGGUGAAAGGAGACAAGACAGCUGAAUAUAAUGUCUGCUUUUUACCUCCCUUGGUGCUCAAUUUCGAGCUUCCUGCAGACUAUCCGUCUACAUCUCCACCGGUUUUUUCACUCAGCUCAAAAUGGAUGACCAAAGCUCAGCUGAGUUCUCUGUGCCAGCGCUUGGAUGAGUUGUGGGAAGAAAAUCAGGGUUUUGAGGUCCUUUUCAUGUGGAUCCAGUUCCUGAAAGAGGAGACUCUGAACUUUCUGAGCAUCCAGUCUCCUCUUGAACUCAACAGGAGCAGCAUUAAGGGCGGCGGUGAACGGAGGAAAACAGACCCUGAAGCAAAAGCUGGGACACAGUGCAUGAACCAGUCUGAAAAACCAGAGGAGAAAAAAGCAGACGUGCAGAAAGAGAACUCUGACCAGCACUUUUCACCGUCCUCUCAGUCGGACCCGCGCGCCGUGGUUCUGAUGGACCCCCACUCAGACCCCCUACCUCAGCUCCUGGACUUUGAUGAGGCGCAGCGGCAGAGGGCAUUCGAUGGAAAGGUGUUCUGCUGCGGCAUCUGUUUUUCAGACAAACUGGGUGCCAGCUGUCUCUGCUUCAAGGGGUGCCAACAUGUUUACUGUAAGGUGUGCAUGACAGAGUACUUUCAGAUUCAAAUACGGGACGGCAACGUCCAGUGCCUUAACUGCCCUGAACCCGAAUGUACCUCACUAGCCACUCCGUCACAGGUGAAACAGCUUGUGGACGAGGAGUUGUUUGCCCGGUAUGACCGUUUGCUCCUUCAGUCAAGCUUGGACCUCAUGGCUGACGUCGUCUACUGUCCACGUCACUCCUGUGGGACGGCUGUUAUGGUGGAGCCAGACACAACCAUGGGCAUUUGCUCGGCUUGUCAGUACGCUUUCUGCACGCUGUGCAAGCUGGGAUACCACGGCGUCUCUCAUUGUAAAAUAACAGCAGAUGAUCUGCGUAGCCUGAGAGAUGAGUACCUGUCAGCCACGCCUGAAGGCCAGAAGUUCAUGGAGCAACGCUUCGGGAAGAGGGUGGUCCAGAAAGCGGUGGAGGAAUCCUUCAGCAGAGACUGGCUCAAGGAGAACUGCAAAUGCUGCCCCCGCUGUGGAACCAAUAUACAGAAAGUGGAUGGCUGUAACAAGAUGACGUGCACAUCUUGUAAGCAGUACUUCUGCUGGCUGUGCCUCGGUGCCCUCAGCAAAGUCAACCCAUACAGCCACUUUAACAACCCUCACUCACCCUGCUUUAACCAACUCUUCCAUGGUGUUGAUGUGGAUGAUGAUGAAUUCUGGAGCGAUGAGGAGGACUGACGCCCACGCCGCCUCUCAGCUCUACAUCUAAAUGCACUUUAUCCUUCAUCACAUGGCCAUGGAUUCAUCUACGCUGGAACUGAAACGCCACCACAGCCACAUACUUUUUACACAGUCAUCGAGUGUUUUGAACAUUGUCAUGCCAUAGAGAGGACAGGAAGACAAUCAGCUAUGUAAAGUGUUUAUAGUCACAGUCAUUGUGUUUAAAUUAUACAGGUCUCAACAAUAUAGGCCUGCUGAACAGAUGGCAAACAACUGCAGGGAUUUUAGAAAAGUUUAGCAUCUUUUCUGUUUGCCUUUACCUUUCACUAAUAAGCUAUAUUGGUUAGUGGUUGGUUAAUGGUCUAACAAGGGUUCUGAUUAUGAAACUGUUAUAAACAUUAAAUCUCAAGUCAGUGAAAGAUUUGCAAAGGGAGGAAUAAUUUGUACUGUCAUAUAGAUAAUUAAUCAAAUAGACUAUGUCCUGUCUUGUC